AUGUCGUUCGGCCUAAACUUUCGACCAAAUGGUUCCCUCGGUGUCGACAACUACAACCAUUCGGAAGCACAGCAAUACGAACUGACCGAGUAUGGACUCCUUGCUGAACCACCUAAAUACGGCGACAAAUACCGAGAUGGGUCUUCCAUAGACUGGCUACAUGAAGAGAACGCAGAGAGGGAGAGAAACCAUGCCUUGCAAUCCGAGGCUGCGAAUGCUGGGGAGACCUGUGAUUUGUGGCAACGAUGGGCGGAUGUAGCGGGCAUAAAGUCUAUGUUCGGUCAAUCGUUGCUCCAGACCUUCAUCUACGUGACAUUAGCCGUUAUCUUUGCCGGAAGCUCUGCCUUUCUUGUUGUCACCUUCGCGCCAUACUUCAGGGCUCUCUUUGGGGAAAGAGGCAAGUUUCAAGGCGGCCCUCUUGUCCAUGUAGCAUGCUGCUUCGCAUCGCUAUUCUCUCGCAUGUUUACACAAUUCCGUCAUAACGAAGAGCUCGACACCUUUGCCAACGAAACUGAAGUCAUGUGGAAAGGCUUCGUUGCUUCUGCCAUCGCAGCCAUGGCACUGCAGUGGGUCAAUCCGUUCGGCACAGCGAAGCUGGUGCUGUUCCAGGUUACCGCCUUCAGUGACCAAUGGCGUGCCUUUGAACUGGGCGUUUUGGGAUCCUGGUUGAUUCGUCUCAACGUGGAGUUUGCCAUCUACCGUAGACAGAGUGUCAUUCAUGACUGGCCUGUAUUGGAGGUUGUUGCGGCGACGAAUCUUUUCCAAGAUUGCGACCCUAACAAAGCAGACUACCAUGGUCUAUGCAACAUGGACUUUUGGCAUGAUGGCAAGCAAAGUCUAUACCGCUCCAACCCGAAAGCAUGGUUGUUCUUGUCCUGCCCUCCCGAUCCUUCUGUUCGGUGCAUCUCACCAGGGUUCUAUGCGGUUAUCGGUGCUGCAGCGAUGUUGGGAGGUGUCACCCGAAUGACCAGUCAGUCUCUCUUCCUCUUCUUCUCGCCUUCCUUUUCCGACGUGUCUUCUCCAACAGUAUCUUUGGUCGUCAUCCUCUUCGAACUGACUGGUGCUCUUUCACAUGUGCUCCCAAUCAUGAUCUGCGUCAUGACAUCUAAAUGGGUCGGAGACGCCCUCGGAAAGGACGGUAUAUACUCGGUUUGGAUCGCGAUGAGACGAUAUCCGUGGCUACCGCCUGUCGAUUAUCGGGACAAUGGGGAAACGGGUGCUCAUCUUAUGAAGCCUGUGCAGAACCUCAUCGUCGUUCGGGACGGCGAGACAACGGUGGGCGAGCUCGCCGAGAUGCUAGACGAAUACAGCGACUUCCAUGGCUUCCCCGUCAUCGAUAACCACGGGGAGUUCAUAGGCUACGCCACUCGGGAUGCUCUGCUGCGUGCCAUCGAUGGAACGCGCUUCUCCGACAGUUUCGAUGUUAUGCGCGAAAAGAAAUGCACGUUCUCGCAAAACUUUAUGCGAGUAUCAGCCUCUGCGCGGGUAGACAUGUCUUCUACACUGGAGCGAGCGCUGAUACAGCUACGUAAAGAAGUCCCUCAGGAGCUGGUGGUCGCCAUGUUCCAAAAACUGAGAGAUGUGGUCACCCUGCUAACAAGCCACUUCCCUCAUGCUGGAUCACUUGCGCAAGGGGUUCGGCCUACAUGA